ACUUUCGGGUUUCCGGAAGCAAACCUCCAACUUCUCGCCGAUUAACAUCAUCAAAAAGGAUCUGUGAAUCUUUUAAAACAUCAGUAAUGCGGAGUCAAAAAACUCUGCUUGUCAUAUUGACGUUGCUGCUAAGCUACAACGUCUUCUGUACAGGGGAUACAAAUGGAACUCUAGCUCAAGACCCGGCCGAUCAACUCCUCAACACUGUGCCGGAAAACUUCACCAACAACAUCGAGUACCCUCAAAACAACAACAACAACACCUCAGAAACUGAUGAAAGCAUGGACGCCGAAGGAGAAUGGGUUCAAAGUGCUCCACCCGAGGAGAUUGAAGAAGCCAAGCAUCUUUUGGAUCCAGUUCACGUCGAUUUUGAGCAUACCCAUAAGCCACUGGCCUUUGUUUUUCUCAUCAUUCUGGUCACUCUUGCCAAGCCAACUCUUCACUGGCCUGUGCUUCGAAAACUUCCUGAAUCGGUAGUCCUAAUGCUUUAUGGAGUCCUAAUGGCUACUGCAGUGAAAGCUUUGAUGAGAAUCGACCCGGGACAACUCGACACAUUCAUGUUCUUCAUGAUCCUUCUCCCUGCAAUUGUAAACGACGCUGGACUUUCAAUGCAAAAAAAAGAGUUCACUAUUGCAUUGCCAAAAAUCUUAUUGUUCGCUGUUGUCGGAACUGUCGUGCACGCUCUUCUUCUUGCUGCAACCAUGUACGGAAUCGAGCCAAUUUUCAGCUUUAAGCCUGGAUUCCUACAUCUUUUCGUCUUCGCUACACUUAUCAGCGCGGUCGAUCCCGUAUCCGUGCUGAGCACAUUUGCAGAGCUUGAUGUCAAGAAAAGUUUAUUCAUUCUGAUUUUCGGAGAAUCACUUUGCAACGACGCCGUUACCAUUGUUCUCUACCGUACAUCAAUCAAUGUCAUUAAAACUUCUGAUGCAUCCGAUGAGAUGCUUACAAUUACUUCGGUCGUUGGAAGUUGCGUUGUACAGUUCAUGAUUGUUUGCGGAUUCGGAUUGUUGUGUGGAGCAGUUGUUGGAUUUGCCGGUGUGUUCAUCAUGAAAAAUAUGGUCGGUCAUCAGAUGAAUCAACCGAUCUUCCAACUUUUCUGUCCAUACCUUGCCUACCUCCUUGCUGAAACUGGGCAUUAUUCUGGAAUUCUUGCUUCUAUUCUGUGUGCUGCAAUCAUGUCGUACUAUAUGGCGGCCAACAUGUGUGUUGAAAUGGAAUUUGCCGCAUUCACGUUCUCCAAGACCGGAUCUUCACUAUCCGAAUCCUGCAUCUUUUUCUACCUCGGAGUUUCCCUUGUCUCGUACAACCACGAAUUCGAUUUCUACUUUAUUGCGGUCACCGUUUUCUGUUGCACUCUGUACCGUUUUCUUGUCACGUGUACACUGUCUGCUUUCUACAACCUCUUUGCUUCUGAGAAAAAUCGUAUUCCAUUCACUGAUCAGUUGGUUGUCACUCAUGCCGGAAUCCGUGGAGCUGUCUGCUUCGGUCUCGUUCAGAUUAUUGACGAAAGAAUCAUCCCAGCCAAGCCGUACUUUGUCACUACCACCCUUGCCAUGAUCUUCGUUACAUCUAUUCUUCAGGGUUGUACCAUUAAGUUCGUCAUGAAAUGUCUCAAGAUUCCGGGUGACGAUGGAACAAAACAGAAGGAUCCAAAAGCCUUGAGAUGGCUUACUCACCUGAACGACAAGUACAUCAAAAAAUUCCUUGUAUCGGAGAAUACUUAUCUUCCAACUGAUGAAACCUUCCGCAACCUGGGACUUCCAAAAGCCGUCAGUACCGCUCUUCGUAUUGGUGAACGCAGUCAUACUGAUCUUCAACGCCACGGAGAAGUCUCCCACACCCCAGCGCCAUCCGUCGGGCGACCAACCAUUGCUCCAUUCGAUUUCGGAAAUAUGGAAGAAGAGAACAACCGUCUUCCAUCCACCGGUAGACGUACUCCAGUUGCCAGAAGCCAAACUCGCUACUCUCGUCAUUUCAUCUAUGCUAUUCCAAAUGAGACUGAUAACUACUUGACCUGUCCAGUGAGCGCAUCCAAACGUCCUCCAUUUGACCCAUCUCAAGUCUAUCAACACCAAAACACCAUCAGUAACCCUGGAGACGAUCGUGCUCGUUGCUAUAACCGUCGCCACAACUCGAUGAGCGGAGCCGACGAGAUGGAACUCAAACAACUUAAUCAGACAGUUCAGAAAAAACUUUCCCGCACCAUCACAAGUGGAACAAAGCAGUUUGUUGUGAACCCCGAUGAAGCAAUCCGUGAAGAGUCUCCAGCCACUAUUCCAAAGAAACGUGCCACAUUUGAAGACGACGAGAUUUCCAAAAUUGAUGAGAGCGAGUGAUUCAAUAUUUUGAAUAUCCAAAAAUUGGUCUCCUCCCCUUUCGGGUUUAUCAUUCCAGUUUUAACACAUUUCCUCGCUUUAGUUCUCUGCCUUCUGUAUUUUUUUGUGUCCAUUUCUUUUUUGCUCAGCAGUUUUGAGAAUUCUCUCCUAAUUUAUCGUGUUUGCUUUAGUAAUGGUGGAAUAGUCCUGAUGACAAAUUACUCUACCCAACCAAUUCUAUCAAUUUUUGAGCUGUUUUUGUUUCUCUUUAAUCCUAUAGUCUCAGAAAGCAGAAAAGGCCAAGUCAUUUGCUUUAAAUUCCCCGUCAAACAUAAGUCAAACUUUUCGAAAAAGCCUUUCUGUUUUCUGAUUCAUUCUUUUUUCUGUGGUUUCUUUUUUCUUGUAACUUCCCCCGGUCUUUUAAGCCUUAUCUCGUGUCUUGACUUACAUUUCUUCAUUACGCCAACAAUCGAGCAUAAUAUCCUCUCGGUACAAAUGGCCUCGGUUAUUUUUUUUAGCGGUUUUAGUUUUUCUUUUCCAAUUUCACAUUUCCCCAUCAAUUCAUGGUCUGAUUAUACUCUCUUGUUCCACUAAAGUUUUUAGUAAAAAAACGGAUUUUGUCGAUUUAUUAUGGAAUAAAGAUUAAAAUUU